CGUUCGUAGUUUUUGAGCUGACAACGCUGGUUGUUAGGAUUUCAAAAUCAUUCAAAACAUCAACAUUGAAUUUUGAGCAUAUUUUGAGAGUAUUUAAAGAGUAAGUCUAUUCUCUCUAAUUAGUGAGUGGUGUGAAGCACGAUUUUCUGAUAUGGCCCAUCUUCAAUAUAUGGAGGAACUCAUCAGGGAGUAUUUAGUGUUCAGAGGAUUUGCAUCGUCAUUAAAAACUUUCGAUGCGGAAUUGAAAACAGACAAAGAAAAAAGCUUUAGAGUUGAUAAAAUUAUUGAACAACUAAUGCAGUUCAUUUCCAACUACGAUCUGAACGGAAUCCGGGAAUUGUGGGCCCACUUUGAUAAUCACAUCUUUAGCAAGUUGGAAAGCCAUUUCAUACCAAGUGUUAAGAAGUUGGAAAAUGCAGUUCUUAAGCUGUAUGUCAUAAAUGCUGCCUCCAACAAUAAGCCUGAUAAGGUCAUAGACUUCUUCUUGAAACUAACUCCAGAGCUGCAGAAUCAGGCUGAAUGGAAAGACUGGUUUGUGCUCCCCUACAUAAAAAAUCCCGAAGAAAACCCCACGUUUGCCUAUCACUGCUCCAAGCAGUUCCAAGAUAGUCUGCUGGUGUCUUUGCACAACUUCUUAGCCUCAGUGUUCCAGUACAUGCCCAUUCCAACCUUGGCACAUUUCGAAGAAGAUACCAAUAAAAUAGUGAAGCUAGAACAGCGAAAUGAGUCCCUUAAGAAUAGGCUGGCUUUGUUAAUGGACCGAGCUCCCGAAGCGAACGUUGCCUCUUGCCAAGUGGAGCCUCCUGCUCAUUUGCUGGACGACUUCUACAUCAUUGCCCAGGAAAAUAAUAUCGGCGACAGUCAAGGAAAGAGUUUGAAGAACAUCAUUAGGAAUAUGGGCACUGGAUCUAGCCCCGUAAUGGGCAGGAAGGAGGGAGGAUCGGGCAUUAAGAAAAUUAAUUUGUCAAUGACUAGAAACACUUGAACUGAACUGAGUUCAAUUAAGGUACGUUAGUUCUUGUUCAAUUUAUUCCAGUGUGAAAUUUUAUAAAUUGACUUGUUACCAUAAGGUUAAUAGUAAAAUUGUGUGGUUUUAUUAUUUCAAUAUAAUUUUUAAGUUUUUAUUA